ACAUUGGGAAAGAUUACGGUUAGAUUUCAAUAUGGCUGUGAGAGUACAUUUCUCCCCAAACAGCCCAGGGACAUUUUUCUUGUUCCUUUCUCUUGCUCAAGAAACAAGUUCUCUCAGAGUAAUAUGAAAACCUCCCAGGCAGACUAAUACUUUAAGAAUGUUCCAAAAGAAAGUACUGAAAUGGCUGAUUUGUUUGAACAUUGCAGACAUUCCUGGAUAAUGUUAACAUAAACAACCAGCCACACAUAAUUCAAUUUGUAUUAUUUUUUAUAGUGAUACAGAAAAGCAUUUCUAAGCAUUUCUAUUCCUGCAAUGCUGCUUUCCAGUUAAAGAUAGCACUGAAGGGACAUCAAGAACAAAUGGACAAAUGAAUGUGCUGUGAAUGUGGCUCAUAUCCCACAUGCACGGGUGGUAAGUUUCUCUGGCGCCCCCUGUUGGUUGACGCGAUAUCCUGCGUUUCCCCCAGCAGUCAGCCUUAAUUGAACACACCUGGGCUGAACACAUCUUCAUUAAUUACACCUGGGCUGCAGCAGCCAAUAUAGAUGCAUUCCUGGGUCUUUGUUCGUUUCUGUCUCUCCUCUCCUUCCUAUUGUGCGGUGGUAGCUUCUUUUUUUUCUUUUUUAAAGAAAAGGUUUUGUGUGUUUGUGUUUCUGCUGUACUUUGGGUGUGUGGUCCUCAACUACCGGUUGUGAUUAUGGGUAUGGGAGCUGAACACGCAGCAACCCUACUCCAUUCAGGAAAGUGAGGUCUGUCACCUUUGUUCUUCUGGUCCUUAAGUUCUUUAAAUUUGAGCUUUCCCCCCAGCCCGGAAAAGGAGACAUCCCCGCUGAAAUUAACGUGGGCAUCAUGGGUCGCAAGGAAGAACGCAGCCCCUGGAAGAAGAGCACGGACGACAUCCGCGACGUGUUUGACUUCAUGGAAGCGCUGGGAUCAGGGGCCUUCUCGGAGGUGUUCAUGGUGAAGGAGAAGAAGACUGGGAGGCUCUUUGCGCUGAAGUGCGUGAAGAAGAAGCAGCUGAAGGAGAACAACCUGGAGAACGAGAUCGCCGUGCUGCGGCGGAUUAACCACGAUAAUGUGGUGCGGCUGGAGGACUUCUAUGAGAGCGAGACUCAUUACUACCUCGUCAUGCAGCUCGUUUUGGGCGGUGAGUUGUUUGACCGCAUCCUGGACCGAGGCGUGUACACGGAGAAGGACGCCAGCCAGGUGAUUCAACAGGUGCUCCAGGCCGUCAACUACCUGCACCAGAACAGCAUCGUGCACCGUGACCUCAAGCCAGAGAAUCUGCUGUACUACAGCCAAGAUGAGAAUGCCAAAAUUAUGAUCAGUGACUUUGGCCUUUCCAAGAUGGACGACCUCUGUGCCAUGUCCACAGCCUGUGGCACCCCAGGAUACGUGGCCCCCGAAGUCCUGGCCCAGAAGCCGUACGGCAAAGCGGUGGACUGCUGGUCCAUUGGAGUCAUCACAUACAUCCUGUUGUGUGGGUACCCCCCUUUCUAUGAGGACACUGAGGCUGAGCUGUUCUCUAAGAUCAUGAAGGCGCAGUAUGAGUUUGACUCGCCCUUCUGGGACAACAUCUCGCAGUCUGCCAAGGACUUCAUCCGCAACAUGAUGCAGAAAAACCCCGACAUGCGCUACACCACCAAGGAGGCCCUCAGGCACCCAUGGAUAAUUGGGGAUACGGCUCGGAGCCAGGACAUCUAUUAUUCAGUCAGUGUGCAGAUCCAGAAGAACUUUGCCAGGUCCAAGUGGAGACAAGCCUUCAAUGCCACGGUGGCCAUCAACCACAUGAAGAAACUAAAGCUGGCCCACUCUGAGGCCUGCAUCAAAACGAAGGAGGGGCCUGAGCCAGCCAUCCACGUCACUGGCGCUCCCUCCCCUGGCCCCUCCCACGAUGACCUCGUCCCCAAGCCCCUGGAGGAGAAAGGAAAACCGCAGGCGGGUCCCGCGGCUCUGUCGCCCGACUCCAGCGAGCCCAAGAGCCGGCACCACUCGGGGAGGGCCUGCGCUAGCAAGCCGGUGCACGCCAACACCGUGGCCGAGACGGGCAGGCACUCCAACCGCUUUGAGCCGGACUCCCGCGCCGUCACGGCGAAAAGCUGCGAGUCGAUGGCCAAGUGUGGCAACAGGCACGUCCAGGCCCUGCAGACCGGGGUGUGCUCCGUCAUGUGACCACCUCAGCUGCCUGCCACGCGGGGCAUUUAGAGAAGGUCAGGCUGUCGCAACACCGGGAGCCGGAAUGACGUCUGUGCCGGCUGCCCGUGCCACCACCCUGUGCCACUCAGGCAGGGGCCGUUUCCAUGGGGAUGGAGUCUGUCCGCCGGCGAAUGAAUGCUGGGUCUGAACCCAGAGGGUUUCAGAGGAGUGCCAAGACGCACACACACAGACAGACACACACACACACACACGCACAGACACACACACACACACACGCACGCACACACA